AUGAAGCUCUCUCUCAUCGCAGCCCUCAGCAUUGCGUCGCUCGCCGCGGCCAGCCCAGUCACUGACUCGGUAUCAAAGAGAAUUACUGCCUCUCCCCUGCACUGCGACUGCAUCAUUGACGGAGACGACGGUGUCAGCAGGCCUUGCGGCUGCAACACCGGUCGCACAGUCGCCCUUGUCGACGGCCGCGCCGCUGCUCUCCACUGCAUGUGCCUCAUCCAGGACGGCGACGGCAAUCCCGUCCCUUGCGAUUGCAACCACCAGGGUAGCUUCGCCACUGAGGGAGAGCAAGCCGAGAAAAGAGAUGCGGCAACUCCCCUUGUUUUUGUCGCGGUCAAGAAGAGCCUGACUCCUCAGCAGUGCCUCUGCAUAAUCGAUGGCGGCGAUGGACAGUCUGUACCUUGCCAUUGCGGUGUCGCUGGUAGCAAGUAG